CCUUCUCUUCUGUCUCCUGGCAAAGCCGCUUCCCCUGUGUGCCCGAGUCCCAUUGAGCUGGUCAUUCCUUAACCCUCGGCACUCAUGUAGCACUGCCCAUGUGUACAAGCCGCUGCUGGUGUGAGAUCCUAUCUGACUGUCACAGGUGCUGAGCCCUCUGAAAUGAGUGCAGGCACUCAGUGCCUCUGACAGCCGGGUGCUGGGGUCGCACACUGAGCGCCCAGGAUCAGCACCUGCUUCUACAAACGUAGGCCUAACAACUUGGCAGGGCCACGUCACUGCCAGGCAGCGAUCGCCCCAGCCCCAGCCCCAGCCCCAGCCCGUCUCCUUGCAGGAGCUGCAGCAAUGGCCCCAAUCAGGGAACAGGCCUAGGAAUGGCAUCUCUCCCGUGUGCAAACGUGCCUGCUGUGCAGGCCAGAGUGCUGCUGAGUGGGGAACGGCCCCCUCUAGCGGCAUCACGCCACUUCUGUGCUAAUGUUAAAACCCAGCGUGUCCCUUUGAUUGCCGUGGAUGAAAGAUGUCAGUGGGCUCCUCCAGCCUUCCCCUCCUGCAGGGCGGUAGAGGCGGUGCCCUCACCCCACAGCAGGAGAGAACCCCCCCCCUCCCCGGAAUGGCAGCCCCCCCAGGCCAGCUUUGCUCACGUGGCUCCCACAGACAACUUGACUUCUGUAGGGACGCAGCGUUGCCGGGCAGAUUCGUAUAAGCCAGGGCCGCCGGCAGUCAUAGCAAGGGAAGGGGUUGUCUGAGCAUCCUUGGCCUCCCCACAUACCCUGCCACUUGCAGAUUAGCGGGUGCAUACAUGUGAGGCACAGAAUUGGGAAGACCCAUUUUGUGGCAAAUUCAGGUUCCCAACACGUGUAUAUGCUGUCACGUGCGUGCAGAGUUCCCCCUACCUGCAAGCUUGCCCAUCAGCAAUCCUUUCAUCACUACUGGGUCCAUGGCACAUGCUUUGGGAAGUGCCAGCAUGUAGUCCCUGCCUCUGCUGGGUCGGGAGCAGAGUCACGGAGGUUCCCAUGUUUGUCCUGGACCUGGCUGCAGUGGAACGGGGCUGGCACGAGCAGAGGUGACUGCAAGGGCAAGGACCACAUAGCUGCUUCCUAGUUAUUUGCUAGUUCUCCACUAGAGCCCAGAGUAACAGCUUGCUCUGAGCUGUCUGCUGCCGUGGACAUGAUGUACUCCUGUGCACGUGGUAUCAAGUGGAAAGUGGGUGAACCAGAGCCUAGAAUGGCUCGGGACACACUGCCCCUUCCCCGGUCGGUUGUCACGUGGCUUGGCACAUUGCUAUCUACUUACUUUUUCACUUACUUCUGGCCGUGGGGUUGGGUGGGUGCUUCCCAGUCGGAGAAAAGGGCCCAGGCCCUGCUGAGAAGCAAGCGCCACACAUCUGGCUGUGGGGACAGUUGCAUACAUGUGUAAGCUGCUUUCAGGUUCCUCCUCUUCCCUGGCACUGCCAGUGGGAGUUUGUGCAAAGUGGAAGGGUGGGGAAGGAUGUCACCCCAUAGGGAGCAUCGUGGGAGAAAGCAGAGAGGCAGACAUCUGGGCGAAUGAAGCUGGUCUACUUGUCCACGGGCCCAUGGGGUCCCAUGAGAAGCAGGCUAGUAUCUGCCAGGUGGCUCCUGAGGGAGCAGUGCCCCAAAACAUGCUCACGCUGGCAGUCCUGGUAGCAGGGAGCUUCCCAUUGUGUAACACCAGCAUUCGAGCCCAGCCCCAGUGAGCGAGUCGACUCCUGGUUUGUUUAAUUCAGUCCUGUUGUUAUUCUCGGUUGUAAGUGUGUCAGCCAGAUCACCGCUGCUUAGUUUUCUCUCCACCUUUUUCAGAUUUUCUACCCCACUCAUCCCUGCAGCACAUGAACUUCAGACCUUUGUACGACCAUCAUGGCUAUUGCCGAUCUGUGUUACAGCAGCAUCAAGGGGCCUGACUCCAGGUAUCGCCCUGUUCAGGUAGGUCCUAGGCUUCCCACCUCUUUUGCAGGAGGCAGCCUCGCCCCAAGGACCUUGCUGUGGAGCUCAGGCUGGUUGCACAAGUUGCUGCUGUGUGGCUGGUCCCGGCUCUUGCGGCAUUUUCAGUCAUUAUGUUUGUUGUCAUCACUUUGCUAACUUGAUUGUAACAUGCUGAACUUGAAAACUACUAACUCAUCCAGAACUGUGGAUGUGUUUGUGGAAAGUGUGGUCAGCAAGUCAGCUGCGGUCCCCUCUGCCCCUGCUCCCUGUCCUGGGACAGUCACGCGGAUGGAGCGAAGGGCAAAUGGCUGCCUCUUGCUUCCAGUGACGUUCAGAUGUGCAGACGCUUCGAGCCUCCGCACUUCCUGGCACAGGCUUGUUUUACGUUCAGUCUCCCCAAGCUGCUCGUGCAGUGCGCUGGAAACGAACGGAACCGGGCAAUGCCAGUCUGACUGGACGGGACAGGCGAGAGCAUGGGGAGAACAGGGAAUGCACGGAUGAAGUUGGGGCUUUUCCUGCCUGCACUGGGGGUCUUGCUCUGUGUGGAAAGAGAGAUCGACGUGACGAUCUCUCACACCAUGGUGACUCUCAUCUGCAGCGAUGACGCUACUAUAAGGUGGAAGAAGGAUGGCAAAGAUCUACCAGACCCUGAAAACAAACAAAGUCAGUUGGUGAUAGCAAACUACCAGGGCACUAAAGAUGAUGGCAUAUACACCUGUACAUUGGACACGGCCACAUCAAUACCGCUAUACCUGAAAGCCAAGGUGUGCGAGAACUGCGAGGAGCUGGACAUCCUGCCCGUGGCCUCCAUCAUCAUUGCGGAUCUCCUCAUCACCCUCGGGGUGCUGAUCCUGGUCUACUACUGCGGCAAGAGCCGGAAGGGGAGAGCCGGGGCUGGGGCAGGCGCAGGAGGACGGCCGCGAGGGCAGAAGGUGCAGCGCCCCCCACCCAUUCCAAACCCAGACUACGAGCCCAUCAGGAAGGGACAGCGGGAAGUGUAUGCUGGCUUGGAGUCCAGGGGUUUCUGAGUCACCCAGCAGACGGCAGGCGGGACACAGCGGCGGAGGGGCCUGAAGCUUCUGUCCCAUCAGAGAGGAGCUCCUGCUCCCCGCUGAGCCAGGCAGCCGCCCCAGGAGAUGCUUCCAUGCCCCAGCCAACACGAUCCUUCCUGCCACCCCCUGACCUCCCCAUGCAGAACCAGGCAAGGAAACAGCAGAAAGCCUUUUCCCUGUUAUGUGUCAGUGGCCAUUGCCUGCUGAGACCCCCACAGAGACCUGUAGCCUGUCCUUUCCAAAGUGUCAGGGAAACCCCCUCACGCUUCACUGUAUUUAUUGCAACUGCGGCCUCCACUUUCUGCUGGCCCCGCAGGUCUCCUCGUCCUAGCUCCCAGGUGGCCUCUUUCCUGCCUCAUGCAGGAUGUGAGCGUCCACGUCCUGAGCUCUGGGCUGGGGCCGGUCAGGGCCAAGCGCUAUGCUGAUUCGCGUGUCAGUGUGGCCAGCUCACUGCCCCUAGUGCCUCCACUUCCCCAACUGCAAGGAGAGGCAGGCACUGCCUGGGGUGCUGUGCAUCAGUGUAGGGUGAUGCUGGUAAAGGGGAGGGGUGGGCACUUAGCCAGGGUCUCUGCUGCCUUCCCCGUGCUCCUUCAUUCCACUGCCUUCACCUUCCCAGACUGCUUCCAGCUUCACAGCAUUACUUUCUCUUCUUGUUGCUGCCUGGGAGGGUAACACCUGUCUCCACUAGAAGAGGGGGAGAUCGCCAGCAUGUCCAGGAAGGGCUGGAUAUAGUUGGCUUGGGCACUCUGAGCAGAAGGCUCAGCUGGAAUCCCUGCAGCAGGGAACUGCUCUCCCAGGCCCCUGCAGCCCUCACCGCAAGACACAUGCCUUUGCUUUCCCUGGCAUGUCACCUGUCAGCCCAGAGCAGGGAGCUUACAUGGGUGACCAAACCUUAAGCCUUUAGUAUUAUAUUGAGUAGCUCUUGGAUAGCCUGCUGUGCUCAACAGUGGGCAGGGAGAGUUGAAUUCUGCUCCCACGACCUUCAGUCCCAGCGAAAUGAGAAAAAGACCCCAAACCCCUUUUCCCUGAUAGAAACUCCUGAGUCCCCAACUGCUGCCUGAACUGCCCGCACUGCCCUCCCCUCGGGAGAAGGCCUAAGAUGAAUUCCAAAGGCUGUGACAAGCAGGGCUGGCAGGAGAAUAAGCCCUUUCUGUGGGUGCUAGUGUUCCCCCUGUGUCCUGCCCUAGGUCAGGAAGCUGCAGGAAAAGCGCAGAUCCUCGGACCCGGCUCGACCGGUCCCAGGAGGCUGUGCCAGCAAUGGGCAGCGAGCAGGUGCCCACUUGCUCGCACAUCCCUCGAUCCAUCCCUGGCAGUCCAUCCCUAGCAGUCAGGCUGUGCCCAGGUGCCCCUCUCCAUUACCUAGAGGGCAGCUUUGCUUGUGCUGAUCAACAGCCUUUUCUAACAAGUGUCCUGUAGGUACUUAAAUGUGUGUUAUGCUGUCCAAUAAAAAGGGAGGAUUCUCUUGCUGGG